UGAAGAAAUACUUAAAAAACCUACAAUCAUUUCAAGAAUCCUGAAAACUGUACAUACAUAGGUAUUUUCUUACACCCAAGUUGAUGCUGCAUUUUUCAUCAAACGAACUCUCUUGUCCUUUUGUCAAGUGCUGAAUUAAAAUUUCGCGUGACCCUGCACUCUUCAACUUUGCGAGAAACUUUAGCAAGAUGGAUAGUGAUAAAGAUGAGUCGCAACGCCACAUGGGAAUCACUUGCAGCGGCUGCCAGCGGCACAAUUUCCCGGGUCGCCGGUUCCACUGUUUGUCCUGCUUGGAGGAGUUCAACCUGUGCAACGGGUGCUACGCCCUGGAUGUGACCACCAAGGAGCACAAGUUCGACCACGCGAUGCACUGCAUCCUGACUCCCGCCAGUCUGGCUCUGUUCUACACGAAGGAGGAGCUGGUUGCCGGAAAGUCCCCGACGCUCAUUCGGUGUCCCUACUGCAAGAUUAACAACUUCAACUUGGAGGAGUUCGAGCUCCAUUUGAAGGAACUGCAUCCCAGUGCGGACCCACAGUUGCUAUCCUGCUACAAGCUGAAUUCUCGGGGAGCCGAUUAAACCCAUCACCGAAGUCAAUUAAAGGCAACAAUGGCAAAUUUUAGGGCUUCUGUUUAUUGCUCGUUCCAUUUCGGGAACAGAGCCCCACAAAUGUUAAUGGUCGUUCAUUAAUAUUGAUUAGUUGUUUGGAUAAAAAUGGCAAGCGAAUAAAUCAACGAAUAAAAGGAAUAGUAUUCUG